CCCCCGGAGAAGUGGCCUUUCUUCUUUCCAUGUGACUGCUGGAAGGGAAAAAAAAAAAAAGAAAAAAAAAAAAAAAACAACGUUUUUUUUUUUUUUUUUUUUUUUCCUUUGCAAUUUCUAAUUUGCAACAGAUUUGUGGCUUUUUAUUUCCCUUUAAAAUUGCACAGCCCGCCGUGUGCAGCAGGAGGAACCGCGGGUAGGCUCCACGCCGCUGGCCAUGCUCGCCGCGACCUGCAACAAGAUCGGCAGCCCCAGCCCGUCGCCGUCCGCCCUCUCGGACAGCGCGGCGUCCUUCGGCAAAGGAUUCCACCCGUGGAAACGCUCCUCCUCCUCCUCGGCCUCCUCCUCCUCCUCGGCGGCGGCAGCGGGCAGCUGCGGCGCCGUGGGCUCCGGCCUGCCGGGCUUCGGAGUGCCGGGCGCGGCGCGGAACGGCUCCUCGGCGGCGGCGGCGGCGGCAGCGGCGGCAGCGGCGGCGGCCGCGCUCGUCUCGGACUCGUUCAGCUGCGGCGGCUCGCCGGGCUCCAGCGCUUUCUCGCUCACCUCCAGCGGUGCGGCGGCCGCCGGCUCGCCCUUCGCCAACGACUACGCCGUCUUCCAGGCGCCCGGCGGCGGUGGCGGCGGCGGUGGAGGCGGCGGAGGCGGCGGAGGCGGCGGCGGGGCGGCGGGGCAGGAGGCGCACCAGCCCGUCUUCAUCUCCAAGGUGCACACGUCGGUGGAGGGGCUGCAGGGCAUCUACCCGCGGGUGGGCAUGGCGCACCCCUACGAAUCGUGGUUCAAGCCCUCGCACCCGGGGCUGGGCGCCGGAGAGGUGGGCUCGGCGGGCGCCUCCAGCUGGUGGGACGUGGGCGCCGGCUGGCUCGACGUGCAGAGCCCCAACGGGGCGGCCGCGCUGCCCGGCUCGCUGCACCCGGCGGCCGGCGGGCUGCAGACGUCGCUCCACUCGCCGCUGGGCGGCUACAACUCGGAUUACUCGGGCCUGGGCCACUCGGCCUUCAGCAGCGGCGCCUCCUCGCACCUCCUCAGCCCCGCCGGGCAGCACCUCAUGGACGGAUUUAAGCCGGUUCUGCCCGGUUCCUACCCGGACUCGGCCCCCUCGCCGCUGGCCGGCGCCGGGGGCUCCAUGCUGGCCGGCGGCCCCGCCGCGCCGCUGGCCGCCUCGCCGCGCUCCUCUGCCCGCCGCUACUCGGGCCGGGCCACCUGCGACUGCCCCAACUGCCAGGAGGCCGAGCGGCUGGGGCCGGCGGGGGCCAGCCUGCGCCGCAAGGGGCUGCACAGCUGCCACAUCCCCGGCUGCGGCAAGGUGUACGGCAAGACGUCGCACCUGAAGGCGCACCUGCGCUGGCACACGGGCGAGCGGCCCUUCGUCUGCAACUGGCUCUUCUGCGGAAAGCGCUUCACCCGCUCCGACGAGCUGCAGCGGCACCUGCGGACCCACACGGGCGAGAAGCGCUUCGCCUGCCCCGUCUGCAACAAGCGCUUCAUGCGCAGCGACCACCUCAGCAAGCACGUCAAGACCCACAGCGGCCCCGGCGGCACCGGCGGCCCCGGCCCCGGCGGCCCCGGCCCCGGCCCCGGAGGCAAGAAGGGCAGCGACACCGACAGCGAGCACAGCGCGGCCGGCAGCCCGCCCUGCCACUCCCCGGAGCUGCUGCCGCCCCCCGAGCCCGGCCACCGCAACGGCCUCGAGUGACGGGGGGAGGCGUGGAGCCGCCGCGGCCCGGCACGGCCCGGCACGGCUCGGUCUGGCACGGCUCGGCCCGGCCCGGCGCUCCCCCGGGCGCGCAGCCCCGCGCCGGGGACGCGGACACGUAAGUAGCCUCAGCCCCCGCAGCCG